AGCAGAAUAACGCAAGCGACGAGUGUGCGUGGCUGACUUGAUAGGUGGAUAGGCGAUCGAUCGUCGUCGUGGUCGUUGAGCGUCUGGCUGGCCAUGGGUGGGGGAAUUCGCGAUGCAUCUGCUUUUUGCCUUAUCAAUGGCCUCUGCACCCACUCCGCAUGCAUCCGCGCCGGGUUUCGAUGCGGACGGACGUGAAGAAGGUGAAUACAUGCUUGGGUACCUCAGCAGCUGUGAGGAGGUACCUCUGAUAGUACCGGUAUGUGGUGUACCGGUAUGUGGUGUAUCUCCUGGUACUAUGGUAAUUGGACUCUUCUUGCCGCAGAACUCCGUUCAUCUGCCCAUCUGCCCUGUGCAAGCCUCCAGAGGCUCCGCGUCCGUUCCCGGACCAAGAACGGUUCCGGUAUGCAGAGCACUUUACUCGAUGCUCGCCCCCAGACCACUGCGUCCUGCAAGCUCGUCGGCAGCUCUGCUCUGCUAUUCUACUAGCAGCUCGCGUGCAGCACACCACAAACUUCAAGACCCCGUCGAGCUGCUCUUUAAAAGAACAGGCAGCCCUGUCCUCUGCUAUCUGUCUAUCGGUCACAGUUGCCUCGAUCUUCCCCCCUCCUCCCCCGUACGGGAAGUCCAUGUAUCAUACCUACUCUAACUUAGCUUCCGCAGUUCCUUAUCAUCCCCCCCCUCUCUCUUUCUCUUACAAUCCGCAAGUGCUUACACCAACACUCGGCUC